GAAUCCAUUUUUCUUUUCAGAAAAUAGCUCUAGGAAAUUAUCACAAUGAAUAGAAAAACAGUAUAAAGCAAAAGUAUGCCCCAUCAUUAUUUGAUUACUUGUGAAAAGCUUUUCUAGGAAGUAAGAAACGUUUCAAGUUAGCAACAAAAGAGAUUCUUCUGGUUUUCUCUCUCUAAUGGCGACUCAUAACUCAUUGAAAAUAGUUGAGGUUUACCGAGUGGUUCCUUUACCAAACUCACAAGAUACAACCACCCCAAAGUCCCUCCCUCUCACCUUCUUUGACGUACUCUGGCUUAGGUUCGCACCGGUCCAGCGAGUUUUCUUUUAUGAAACCUUUAUUUCUAUCACAACCUUCUUGGACUCCGUUCUUCCAAAACUCAAGCACUCACUCUCCCUCACACUCCAACACUUCCUCCCUCUUGCCGGUACCCUCAUUUGGCCUCCAGAAUCUAAACCCAUCAUCAAUUACAAAGAGGGCGAUGCAGUUUCAUUCACUGUAGCUGAGUCCAAUGCUAACUUCUACAAUCUCUCAGUCAACAACUUUGUUCAAGCUGUGGAAUACCAUCCUCUUGUACCCGACUUGGCAACAUCCCAUGAACGUGCCAAAGUGUUAGCAUUGCAAGUCACGAUGUUCCCAAACUACGGGUUUUGCAUUGGAAUUACAGCACACCAUGCUGUUCUUGAUGGCAAAAGCUCAACCAUGUUUAUGAAAUCAUGGGCUCACUUGUGCAAACUUGGAGGAAAUGCUUUGUCCUUGGUACCGGAGCUAACACCAAGCUUUGACAGAAUGGUUAUUAAGGACCCGGCUGGGCUAGAGGCAAACUUCCUGAAUCAGUGGUUGAACCUAGAUGGACCACACAACAAGAGCUUAAAGGUGUGGGAGCUAACAACUCCACUAGAUCUGGUACGAGGUACGUUUGAGUUGACUUGUACAAAAUUAGAAAAGCUCAGGCAGUUGAUGAAAAGCGUAUUGGAAGAGAACAAUAAUCAAGAACAAGCACUUCGCUUAUCAAGGUUAACACUAACAUGUGCCUACACAUGGGUUUGCCUAGUUAAGGCAGAAGGGCUAAGAGACACCGAUUUAAUUCUUUUUAUUAAUGCAGACGCGAGGCCUCGCUUAGAGCCUCCUACGCCUGCGAAUUAUUUUGGAAACGGCGUUACUGGUCAUCUUGCAGUUGCAGAGAGAAAUGACUUGCUGGGAGAAAAGGGGUUGGCUGUGGCAAUAAAAGCUAUAACCGAAGCUAUAAGAAGUUUGGAUUAUGGGGUACUAAGUGAUGCUGAAAACCGGCUGUCACAUCUGUUAACUAUAAAGAAAGGCGAAGUGGCUCAUAGAAUUGCUGGAAUUGCCGGCUCACCUCGAUUUGAGCUUUACAAUACUGACUUUGGAUGGGGAAAGCCAACAAAGGUAGAGAUGAUUUCUAUAGAUAAAACAGGAGCUAUACGUGUUUCGGAAAGUAGAGAUGAUGCUAGAGGAAUUGAAAUUGGAUUGGUUUUAAAGAAACAUGAAAUGGAAGUGUUUGCAUCACUAUUUGCCAAAGGUCUGGAAGUCCUGUAAAGUAAAGUUACGAGUAACUGGAAAGAUUAUGCAUCUUACAGAGACGAGAUAAUUAGCAAAGUGCGCAUAUGAUUGGGAAAUUAUAUAAUAAGCUCAAAAAAAAUAAAAGUAUCUUU